AUGGGGUGCUUUCCUGUAUUGAAGAGAAAGAAGAAAAAGUCUGAUCAGAUUGUGUAUGUAAAACGUGUAAGCCCUGGCGAGGAUUCACCAACAGUACUUCCUGAACCUCAAACUCAUACUCGCUCGCUCCAGUCAGCACCUCCUAGUUUUAAGAUCAAAGUGAAACCCAUUCAACCCAGUGUUAAAGUCAGUAACAAUAGAAUACGAGCAUUGUCUGCUCCAUCGUCACUCGAUGAAGCAGAUCAAGAUGCUUUGGCCUCAAUUGAGUAUGAGGAAGAAGAGCCAAAAUAUCGAGGUGGAUCAGUGAAGGAGCAGCGUUCACCUAGUCCACAACCUUUACCGCUUCCAUCUCCUAAGGGUGGUGGGACACUGAAGACUAUGGGAAGCUUUAAGUUGGGGACAGCUAGUGUUCCCUUAUAUUCUUCUGGACCUUUGCCGCUUCCACCAACUGGGUCACUUAGAAAUUUUUCUUACGAUGAGCUUGCUGCUGCUUGCCACAAUUUCUCUUCAGAUCGAUACAUGUCAGAAUCUCUUUCAUCCACUAUCUAUAAAGCUUCCUUUGGUGAUGAUGCUUCAAGUUCAAAAAAGUUUGAAGCCACGGUCACACGUCUUCGGCCAUCAAAUCAGGGCUUGAAGGAAUUCAUAAAUGAGGUUAAUACUCUUGCAUCUUUGCGGCAUCCAAACCUCUGUAGAGUGCUAGGAUUUCACGCCCGUGAUGGUUCGGAACAUAGAAUGUUGGUUUAUGAGAAGCUACACCAUGGAAGCUUGGACCGCCUAUUGUAUGGGAGAUCUGAUGGACCAUCAAUAGAUUGGAAUACAAGAAUGAAAAUUGCAAUAUGUGCUGCACUAGGUCUUUCUUUCUUGCAUGAAGAAGGGCCUUUUCAGGCAAUGUAUAAUGAAUUCUCAACAGCCAACAUACAGAUUGACAAAGAUUUCAGUGCAAAGCUUUCAGGGUAUGGCUGUGUUGGACAUGUCCCCAAGGAAGAGAUUUCAAGCAGUUCUUCUGCUGUUGGAAACCUAUCGAUGGAAACACUGGAGAAGGGAUUGCUCACUCCAAAGAGCAACGUAUGGAGUUUUGGAAUUUUUCUUCUAGAGCUACUUACGGGAAGAAAGAAUCUCGAUAGCCGUCACCCUAAGGAAGAGAGGAAUUUGGUGAAGUGGAGCAGACCUUUCCUAUCAGAUAAUCAUCGUUUGUCAAUGAUCAUGGAUCCUCAGCUCAAAGGCCGCUUUCCUUGUAAGGCAGCAAGAACAAUAGCUAACAUUGCACAAAGAUGCCUUCAAAUGGAGCCAUCAGAAAGACCAACUAUGGGAACUGUUGUUGAAAAUCUAAAAAAGAUACAAGAUUUGAAGCAUUCUUCUAAAUUCCCAUUGCAAGAACCAGCACAAACCUCUACAAAACAAAUGUCAAGAUCACCAAGUCUCGAUGCUAUCAUCCACCCUGCAUCAAGAUCGAGUUUCUCUCCUUCACCAUCAGCCAGAGCCUUGUUAUCUGUUUCACCUCCAAGAUGGUCGGGAGUACCAAUUCAACUUCCGCCUCACGCAUUUUCUUCUACCCUAUAUUUGGAGGAGCUUGAUAGGCAAGAAAGCCGCAAGUCAUUAACCUCAGCCUCUAGGAAGGCUAGUGUUGAAGGAUUUUGA